AUGUCUAAUAAGAGUAGAAAAACGCUUAAAUAUGGAUAUAUAUUAAUUUCAACUUGUCGAAGGGAUCCCCCUUGUGUACAAGGAGCAAUCACUCAUGAGUUAGGACACGCCAUCGGAUUUUUCCACGAACAGAAUCGACCUGACAGGGAUAAAUACGUCACAAUCAACUGGCAGAACAUUAGGAAUGGGGCAGAAGAUAACUUUAAAAAGGCUAAACCUAAUUCGGUAGACAGUCGAGGAGAGCCAUAUGACUACGGAUCCAUCAUGCACUAUUCCAAGUACGCAGGGAAUAAUCGUCCUGGUGUUAUGACGAUAGACGCUAAGGAUCCUAAUGCCGAAAUUGGUCAGCUUAAAGGCCCCAGUAAAAGUGACAUAAAGCAAGCUCGGCGUAUGUAUGGCUGUGGCGGUAAGUUCACGUGA